GCACGGGGGUCCCGCUCCGCCGCCGCGCCGGGGGGGGGCCGUGCUGAGGGGCGGGCGGCGGCCGCUGGCUGCGGGAGCGCCCGCGAACCUCCCGAAGCUUCCACCUGGUUCCGCCAGGGGCGGGGCGGGGCCGGGAGCGGCACAUCCCGGCUCCUUCUUCCUCGGAGCAGUGGGGGUGGAGAGAAAGGGGCUGGGGGCGGUCCCUCCGCCCCCGUCGGAGGGAGCCGAGCGAGGGGAAAGCAUGUGAAAAUUGUGCCUCUUUCUUCAGGUCUGUGGACGUGAGAUUUACRUUGGAAUUAGAAGCAGCAUUUUUGACGUUGCUUUGCAGAGUGGAAAGUGUGGUCCUGACAAAGUUCUUCUGGUGCCAGUAACAGACCUUCUACCAUGAGCAAUUCUACUCCAGCUACAGAUAAUGAGAAGAAAAAAAUUAGAGGAAACAGAUCGCCAUGUUCCCCUUCRCGUGUUCUUCAUAUUCGUCAAAUUCCAAAUGGUGUUACUGGAUCAGAAAUCAUUUCGUUAGGUCUCCCUUUUGGCAAAGUAACCAAUCUUUUGAUGCUAAGAGGAAAAGGUCAGGCAUUUUUGGAAAUGGCCUCUGUAGAUGCUGCUGUUUCUAUGGUGAACUACUAUACUCCUGCUGCACCUCACCUCCACAAUCAGCCAGUUUAUAUUCAGUAUUCCAAUUACAAAGAACUUAGGAUUGACAGUCAACCUAAUCAGACUAGAUCCCAAGCUACAUUGCAAGGUGUGAAUGCUGUGCAGCAUGGAAACCUUGGUUGUGCUCUUGCUGCUGAAGGUGGAGCCCUUCCAAGUCACAGUUCUGUUCUUCGAAUCGUUGUUGAAAAUGUYGUUUACCCUAUCACUUUAGACAUCCUGUAUCAGAUUUUCUCUAAAUUUGGCUUUGUCUUGAAGAUAGUCAUGUUCCAUAAGAACAAUCAAUUCCAAGCUUUGCUCCAGUUUGCUGAUCCAAUGAAUGCAUAUUAUGCCAAAAUGACUCUAGAUGGCCAUAGUGUCUACACUGGGUGCUGCACUCUGCGUAUUGAUUUCUCCAAGUUAACUAACUUAACAGUAAAGUACAACAAUGACAAAAGCAGAGAUUUCACUCGCAUUGACUUUCCUGUUAUUGAUGGCCAGCGAACCCUGGAGACACCCUUUGGCCCCCAAAACACCAUCUUUCCAUCAUAUGCAGGRCCUCCUGGGUUUGCCCCAGCCUUGGGUUUUCCUCAAGGCGCAGGUCCUUCAGUUCCGCCUGUUCCUGGAGCACUUGGUUCUGUCACAGUCACCMCAUCAGCAGCACCUGGACCCAUGACUCUUCCUGGUAUUCCAGGAAAUUCUGUUUUACUAGUCAGCAACCUCAACCCUGAAGCCAUCACACCUUAUGGACUUUUCAUCCUAUUUGGUGUAUAUGGUGAUGUGCAUCGUGUGAAGAUCAUGUUUAAGAAAAGAGGAAUUGCUUUGGUUCAGAUGGCAGAUGCAGCCCAGGCUCAAUUAGCUAUCAAUUACUUGAAUGGACAGAGGCUUUAUGGAAGGGUCAUGCAUGCUACUCUUUCAAAAUAUCAGACAAUUCAACUUCCUCGUGAAGGACAAGAAGACAAAGGUCUGACAAAGGACUACAGCAAUAGCCCUUUACAUCGCUUUAAGAAUCCUUGCUCUAAGAAUUUCCACAAUAUCUUUCCUCCAUCUGCCACCCUUCAUCUCUCCAACAUCCCGCCUUCUGUUACUCUUGAUGAUUUGAAGAACCUUUUUACAAGUAAAGGAUCUACUGUGAAAGGCUUCAAAUUUUUCCAGAAAGAUUGUAAAAUGGCUCUUAUCCAGCUGGGCUCUGUGGAAGAAGCAGUUCACGCUCUCAUUGAGCUUCACAAUCAUGACUUUGGAGAAAACCAACAUCUCCGMGUUUCUUUCUCAAAAUCUACAAUCUGAAUUUUCCGUGAACUUUCCCUUUAAGGCUGCAUAAUGGUUUUAGUGAAAUCUUCAACUAGAGACUGAGACAGCUGUGAUCAACUCUGUCUCUUAAAAGAAAAACCUCAUUCAUACACGAAGAAUUAAGUGAUGAUUUUUUUCUCAUUCUGGCUGCAAGUAUGUCAUCCUAUUCUUCUGUGAAAUAGCUUUAGCAACAAUAUUUAUCAUCAAAUUUACUACUUAAAAUUAUAUUUUGAGAACAUCCUUUUAGCUUUUAUUUGAAACCAGCCUUACAAAACAAUUUAGAGUCCUUUUACAAUAUACCAAACGAGAAUGUUUAAUAAAAUGGUAAAUCUACUCUGUGCAGAUUAAACACUAAUUUGAAUGUGAAAUAGCUUGGGUUUCUUGAAGAAAAGCAAACAGUAACUGUGAGUAUCUUCUGAAUAGUAUUUAUGUUACCAGGGUGUGUGUUCAUACUUUGGCAAAUCUUUACAAAUAACUCAUUCAUAAAAAUUAAAAGUCUGUGCUAUUAUAGAUUAAAUUAUUAGAGAAGAGGCAGUGCCUUCUCUCUGGGGAGUAAAAGGUAUUGAAAAGUUUCUUCAAGAUGUGGUAUUGGAGAAUUAGGUUACUGUGACCAUGGGUUGGAAGUUUGAUGUCUUAUUUCUACUAUGAAGUGAUGUGUAGUAGUACCUUGGAGAAAAUAAGACAAGAAAAUGGUCCUGAUUUAAAAUAAUUUUUUACGUUUCUCUAAAUAAUUAAAURUUUGCAAUCUUACGGAAAAUAUUCAGGUCUAUGAUGGCUUUUCAAGUUUUUAAGAAGUUAUUUUUGUUAGGGUCAUCUUUCAGGGCAGAAAAAUUAAACCUUGAGGUUUUUUACCACUCUGAAGUCUAAUACUUAAAUUACUGUGUAUUUACCUGAUUUCUUAUUAUGUGCCUUACUAUAUGUGUAUGAUACAAUAGAUUAGUGUGUUAUCUGAUGUAUCUUGUGAAAAUAUUGUGGACUUUGUGAAAAUUCUCCUCUUGGUCUUUUUGAAAAUGUUUUCCAUUUUCACUUCAAGAUGUAUUUUUUCAUUGACUAAUACUCUGAAUUCCAGUUUCUUGUACUUUUGGAGAUUGGAUAUAGGUUGGAAUGAGAUUUCAUUCAUUGUGUAAUCACACAGGGAUUCUUUACCUAGUUGCACUUCUCUGAUGGUAGUACUUCACUGAUAAAAAAAUUCACACCCAGGAAAAAGACAGUAAAAAACCCAGACAACCUAAACAAACCUAUACAGAAAGGCCAAACAGCGACUCCAGUUCACUUUCUGGACUUCAUCUAACUUUUUGAGASACACUGGCUGUAUCAGAAUAUUCUCUUUUGGCUGUCUGCAUAUCUUUAUCAGUAUUAAACUUCAAGUGAUAGAAUGC